GAACUCUUGAAGCUGCAAGAUGCAAAUUAUUUUUUUCCAAAUGAAGUAUCUGUAAAAGAUUUGGAUGCGCCAGAGCUUGAUGGAAUGUUGAAUGGCUUUCAGGCUGAAUACGAUACCACGUCAAAUGACUUGGACGCAGAUGAUGAAGAAACUUAUAGUGAACAUCGAAUGGCGUUGGAAAUGUAUGGAUUUUUGUUAGCAUGGCUGAUUUCCAACGCAGAAAACAAAGCUGACUCCAAGAAAGUUCUCGGCAAUCUUAUAAUCGAUCUUGCAAACCAAGAUGAUCAAGCUUUGAAUUACGUUUCACAAAUAAAUGGAUUUUUCGAUGCUUUGGAAGAGCGGUUCCUUGAUGCGAAUGGCUUUUGCCGUUCAAAAUUAUUACAAGUUUAUCUGAAGAUAUUAGAACAAAAACUCACUGAUCUAGUUAUUCGAUCUUUGGAGGAUAAGGGCAGUAUCGUUCGAAAAAACGCCAUCAAACUAUUGACUAAGUUGAUUGCUACACAUCCAUAUGGCGUAAUUCAUGGGGGAGAACUUUCAGUUAAAGAAUGGGAAGAACGAUUAGAAAAAAUAGAAAAUCAAUUAAAGGCUAUUCAACCUCCACAAGAGUUUACCGAAGUUGGGGCAGAAUCUUCUGCAUCAUUACUAGGUGAAGACGAUAGCCAAAGUGAAGAUAUGGAUGUUGAUAUGCCUGAUUUAUUAAACCACCAAAAUGCACCAGCCCAAAAUACAUCAUCUACAUCGGCUGAUGAAAUAAUGAGGCUUCAACUUACGAGACGUUACUAUGCUGACGCUGUUCGUUUUAUACAUCAAAUACAUACUGCUAUUCCAACUCUUUGUCAACUUCUUGGAUCCACAACAAAAUCAGAAGUACUUGAGGCAAUGGAAUUUUUUGUAACCGUACAUACUUACAAGAUGGAGUUUGCUAUAGAAGGGAUUAAAAGAAUGCUGCAUUUGAUUUGGAUAAAAGACAACAAUGAUGAGGGAAAGGGUAUUCGGAAGCGUCUGAUCGAAAGCUACUACAAAUUAUAUAUUGAAACAGACGUUGCACUUUCUGAUAAAGAGGCUGUUAAUAUGAAAUAUGGUACUAUCACAAUACUAGCUAUAGGGAUUUAUGUACAUUUCAUAAUUUCUAGUUUGACUUAUAAUGCUACACUUGCUGAAUUAACCUCGCUUGAACAACUUAUGAGCACAAUGAUGGCUGAAGAGUUAAUAACGCAACGUCGUGGUGCCAUUAUUAUACUCGGCAUGUUUGCAAAAGCGAAAAUGGAAAUAGUUCAAGAAAAAACAGAUCUAUUGUUAAAAAUUGGUCUUGGUCCUUUUGGUAAAGCAGAUUUAUCAUUAGCAAAAUAUACCUGCAUCGCAUUGCAACGAUUGGGUGGUAACAAGUCUAGAGUAAAAGAACAAGCAAUUAAUACUAUUUACUUGCUUGGAGAACACCCAGACAUUUUAUGUGCUGAAAUUAUUAAGCAUAAAACUGCAUCCGUUUUCGAUUUGAAAAUUCCCAAAGCUGAUGAUAUGGACAUUGACGGAGAUAACUUUCUGCCAGAUCAAGAACAGUUUAUGACACACCCUCUUCAAUUGAAAUUUAUUGAAGAUGAAUGGAAACGACGGAAAGCUGAGGCUGAAUCAAAAGAUGUUAAUAUGUUGUUGUUAGAUACUGAAAAAUCAGCAAAAAAUCCCGGAGAUGAUGAAUUAGAACAAGUAGCUGGCACAACAGAAGAUGAAUUCGGAGAAGCAAUUGCUCAUAUUCGCGAGAAAGAAUUGUUGUUUGGUGAAAAUUCGUUGUUGGCAGUCUUCGAUAAAUUAGUUAAGAAAAAUACAUUAAUGGUUCUAACUCAUUUGAUUCUUAACGGAAUGAUUAAGGUCAAAGGUCAAUUGGGCGAAAUGGCCAAGUGUCUAGAGGAUGAGGAUCAGAGAAUAAGCGAUCUUGCUAGAUUAUUUUUCACAGAACUGGCAUCCAAAGAUAAUGCAGUAUACAAUAAUUUGCCAGAUAUUAUUAGUAACCUUUCAAGUGGAGAUAAUCCUGUAAAUGAAGAAUCAUACAAGAAAAUUAUGAAGUUUUUGUUUGAUUUUAUUGAAAAGCAUACUGAGAAUGUCGUAGAAAAACUAUGUCAAAGAUUUAAAAAUCUUGAUGAUCGACGUCAAUGGCGUAAUAUUGCAUAUUGCUUAUCAUUGCUUCCCUAUAAGAGUGAAAGAAUUGUAAAGAAGCUACUUGAAGGAAUGUCACUUUAUCAAGAUAAAUUGCAUGAGAACGAUGUUUAUAAAGCUUUUAUGGAUAUUAUCUCCAAGUCUUUUAUUGAUGUUCGUCUUUUCACCAAGGGGUCUUGUCUUUCGCAGAAGCUUCGUCUUUUAAAAAAUCAACAACAAUGGAAAAAACAAAUCCAAGUUGAGCGUCGACAAGAAUUGAAAAAAUUAGAAGAAACUGAGCGGAUUUUAUCUUUAUCAUCAGAUCAAGAAUUUAUUACUCCUGAAUAUCGACAGCAAAAACGCGAAGCAGGAAUUCAAAAUUAUAAUCAUUUUCAAUCAAUGAAACGUCAAGAAGGAUUAAAUCAUUUAUUGAGUUUAUAUCAUGAUGCUACAAAUUUUGUAACUUUAGAAAACUUGGACGCCAAAAUAGAUGAGGCUUUUGCUAAUCCACAUCCCAGAAAUGUUUAUGCACAUGCAUUAGAAGAUAUGCAAAUUGAAUAUCAAGAAACUAGUGGUGGUGUUAAUGAAAAUGAGAUUUUAAAAAGGUUGGGUCAAAUUAAAGAUACUUUAGAUGGAACAUCUCAUUCUGGGGUUCAUCUAGGAUUAGAUAUGAUAGAUCCACCCAUUGAACCUAUUGAGGAGCACGAGCAAUCUGAGAAAUCAAAUGCAUCUGACUCACGGAAAGACAUUCAUAUGAUUGGCUAA